AUGAAAUGGAAAAACUACAAGUAUUUGAUACUCCAAUUCUCAAACAUCAGGAGUACACCAUUGGAUCUAUUAAUCCAAGACAAGCUCUGUGUUAACGAGUAUAACCAAACUCGUGACUUUUGCCGUAAUCUACCAAGUAUUAAUACAAGUCACCCGAAUUAUCACUAUAAAAGCCAAACCCUUGCCGACGCGGUUCAGUACAACUCGUACCAAAGUAUUAUACAAAAUGUGCCUGGUAUUAUAUGGGCUCUGUUUCUGGGCGCCUGGAUUGACCGAUACAACCAUGGUAGAAAAGCUAUAUUUAUUAUCGGCUCCGCCACCCAGUGUUUGGAGGCACUCAUGAAUCUACUAAAUGCCUACUAUUUUAAUUCAGAUGUUCGUUGGGUACUGUUAUCGUUUGUGCCAUACAUAUUGUCGGGUGCGAUGACUGGGGCCACAGCCUAUUCAUACGUGGCGGCCACUACUCCACCCCAUCUGACAGCUAUCCGUAUGACAAUACUGGAGACUACUGUAGCUCUGGGACAUUUGGUGGCAAACCUACUGUACGGACGGCUAAUCAACGAGAGUCCGCCCCUCUGGUCGACGGAUCAGAUCCACAAUCAGGCGGUCAUAUUCAUGAUCAGCGCCUGCAGUGCGUUCUUGGCUUUCAUUUGGACACUGUUUGCCAUCAAUCAGGACAAAGACAGGCAAUGUUUUUACAGACAUUUUGGUCAUAAAAGUACAGUCGAUGGACGGGAUGUCACCACCGAUGAGGACAGUUCUGAAGGGGAGGACAGGAAUAAACACAGCCAACAGUCGAUGACCACUGGCCGGGCGUUACGGUUGCUGUUUGACUGGCGUAAUGUUAGAGAUGUGCUGAUCACGGCGUUUAAGCCGAGGCCAGUGAACGCCAGGGCACAGGUAUGGCUGGUUAUCGGCGGCAUAUUUUGCUACCUCUUCGUACUGAUCGGCGUUCCGUCGUUUGAGUUUCAAUUUUACGAGAAGAUAUACGGAUGGGAUGCCCAGGACUUCAGCGCAUACGAGUCCAUCGGUCUGGUGGCCAACUGUCUGUUUGUGCUCACAUUCACACCCAUAGUUAUCCGGGUGUUUAAAUUUGAAGACAUGUAUCUGACGUUAAUCGGCUUUUGUGGGCUAAUGUUACGUAUGAUUACAUUGGGAUCAGUGCUCAGUCCCAACGGGUAUUAUAUAUCGUUGGCGUUUAGCUGCACGACAUGGUUGGCCGACGUGGGCCUGAGGGCACAUCUGGCCAAACUGGUGCCCACCGAAGAGUUGGGCAAAAUAUUCACACUCUUAACAGUAGUGGACGGUGUGGUGCCGCCGGUGGCCUCAUCGGUAUCGGCGGUUAUAUUCAGGCGCACAAUCGACGACAUGUCCGGCGCCUGCUUUUAUUUUUUGGCCGGUGUUUGUGUUGUGGCUAAAGGUCUGGCACUGCUUAGUGAUUGA